AGUCAAUCAUGAGUCGCGCUGCCCUACCUUACUACUUAGCAAUAUCACCUAGUUACCACCUCGCUGCCCUGUUGCUCUAUUCAACCGCUGACGGCGUUAGGGCUGCAUCGUCAUAGCAUGCUGCAGCACCGCAGCCCACGGCGAUGCAUGGCCACCUACUUUGCUAUGCUCGGCCCAUGCAGAUGUACAGGCACUCUCCGCACACCACAUGUGCGCGCUGCCGGUGAGGCGGACGUAGAUACACCGCCAUUUUGGGGAGCCCGGAGCAAUCGCGGCUGUUCGAAAGCUGCCACGGUGCCAAUCUUGCCAUCACCUCCCAUGCCACAUGGAGGAGGAUCUGAUUGGACCGCGGGGCGUUUCCCAUCACCUAGAUGCCGACUGCUUGGGCUGCUCGCUGGUCGGGGGUGUCUGAUGGGAACAGGACUGACUCGCUGAGGAUGGCCUGUGUCGAGCGAGCGUCAGAUGGGACAAGCGUGGAAGCAUGGAAGCGUGGAAGCGUGGAAAAAUAGAAGCGAACCGAACGAUCGCCUGGCUGGCUGCUUAGCGUAGGCUCUCUGGCUUGUUUCCCUCCCAGCUACGGCGCUGCCCCUGAGCG